CUUUUCCUUCAUAUUAAGAACCAGACGUGUUUGGAACAUGCAUAUUAUACUGUUAACCUCGCUUGCUGCGACACUCGCGGCGUGCAGUCCGGAACCUCACAGCUUCAACUUGGACGGCACUCAUAUCUCCGAACCAUGUAACUUGUACGAAGAUGUGUCGCGGAAAUUUCGGGAGGACUUGUACAAUAUCAGUCUUAUAACGUACCAGGCACUCGCCAGACGCAGUGAUCUCAACUACGUGUAUUCUCCACUGUCGAUAUGGCUUACAUUAGCUGGAUUGGCCGAGGGAGCUGACUAUCACACUCAGCAACAGCUGUUCAACUUUUUAAAACUCUCUACGGACGCCUGCAGCCGACAGAAGUACUACCGACGGGCUACUUCUCGCAUCGUCCAGUCUGAUGACGUCAAUAUUAUUAACAAUCGUAUCCUACUGAUCGACUCUGGCGUCACUCUCAACCCCACCUGGUACGAUCUAGUGUUGAAGAACAACCUCCUUGAAGUACUCAGCGCUCCUCUACGAAGUAAUCCAAUCUUAACUACCAUUGAGGUGAAGCAGUUGACGAAUAUUCAUAAUUCAAGACUCGACUUAACAGGGAAUUCAGUUCUUCUGGACACAAUCGACUAUAAUGCUCUUUGGACAACAGAAUUCGAACAAGCGAAGAUCGAUCGAUCUCCGUUCUUCAACCAAGUUGGAGAACUCGUAGGAUUUGUGGAUUUAAUGAGGAUGAAGAAGCGUGCCAGGUUGGGGCACAUCAAGAGCGUGAAUGCGAAGGCGCUAGAGUUACCGGUUGGUCAGGAUGAGAGAUUUAAGAUGGUGUUCGUAAUAUUCCUGGAAACGAAUGAUGUGAACCAGAAGCUGAAUAUAUUGGACACGAGUGUUGCAUUCGAAGUGUUUGAUUCGUUCAAGACUAGCUACGUGCCGGUAGAGGUGGCUAUACCUCGCGUUGUGAUCACCAGUGAGGUGGACGUGAGGUCGAUGCUUGAAGAAUUGGGAAUCACAAGUUUAUGGAACGAUCCUGUGGCCACGAGGAACAUAUCGAGUCCGUCAGCUCUGCCGAGGAGUUACGUGCAGCGCACAGCCCUGACCUUAGACAACAGAGGCCUGCUACCGCCGCCUCCGCCAGAAAUACUCGGCCCGCUCGACACUCCAGUUACCGGCUUGGAUCCGAAGCUCGGAAAUGAGUUCAUAGCAAACCAACCCUUCUUCUUUGGACUAUUCGACUCAGAAUCCCUCACAUGUAUUAUUGCAGCUGCGUUCACCGCACCUACUUACAGAUUUUAAGACGUGUUUUUUUAGUUUGUUUAAAAGUUUAUUUCGCUCUCACUGGGAAACGGGUCUAUCAAUUUGGGCGUUAUAGUUUAAAGUUAGUAAAUGUAGGUAAAUGAGGUAGAUUCGGAGUUACUAAAACUCAUAUAUAAAACACAUUUAAACAACAUUCUAUCAAAACUGUAUUUGUAGACGAUAUAUUUAAUAUGCACGAACACAAUAAAAUAAAGGACGAUCGUAAAACUGCGAAAAAUAGUCCUUUAACAUUUAGUUUGUUUAAUUUGACGUCGACACACGGUGACCAGUAUAAUUAUACUUAUCCAUAUAAGUAGCUUCAUGAUAGUUAAACAUUUUUAUUUAUUGUAAUUAAAAUAUCACCAAUUAUUACUUCCGACAACAAUAUGACGCGUCCAGUAAAGAAACCUUGAAACUGCACGAAUGAAGGGUCUGCCCUUCAUCUGCUUCGGCCGAAAUCAAUAAACGUUCUCAAUUCAAAUACCUUUAAUGCUGAACACAGUACAUUUAGAUGCAUUGCAAGAUUUUACAUGUAUGCUCAGUUCACUAUGUUCCACCAAUCAAGGCAUGCAUGCAAUACAGUAUUUGCCAACUAGUCAAAUUCAAUACUUUUUUCGAACUGUCAAAAACGACAGUUUUCUAUGAAUUUUGUACGAGAUUGUGAAUGGUGACGUCACGUAUUUUUGCGUCAAACACCGUACUUAAAAAUUCUUAAAAAAAUUCUGGAAAAGUAUUAAAAUUAUCAUAA